AUGUCCCAAGAUCUAAAGCGCAAAUGGGAAGCUUACGAUUUAAAGAGAGCAGAAAAGAACCUAUUCAAGACGAUCCACAAAUAUUGUCAUGUUCUCAAUGUGGAGGCGAAUGAGGAGGAUGCUUGUUGCCUAUACCUUCGUUAUCGUAAGGAGAUCAAACGCUACCCUGAUCUGAUAGCGGCAGCAUUGGUUUACCUGGUGAUCCCGGACAAUCGACCAGACUUGACGAUCGUCGACGUUGCGAGUAAAUUGAUGAUACCAGUAUCAGAUUUGAACAGAGGCGUGCAGCGUAUCAAACGAUUGGGGUUCGCAGCACAAGACCCAUUGCUUUCCCAAGGUCACAGCAACGAGCAGAUGCUUUCUCAUCGAGUCAAUAUCCUCAUUGAUCAAUUGACAACCAAAGUGUAUUCUAUCAUGUUGCGUCCAUCUCGACAAAACGACAAUGACGACCCACCAUUCAUACCCGGGCACAUACGUCAACGUUUUAAGCACUUGGCCCAAGGAAUUGUUGCAUUGGCAGACAAAAAUGGAUUAACGCAUGGUCGACACUUUAAGCUGCUAUCAACUGCAAGCAUGGCUAUCGCAGCAUGUGCUAUGACACGUUCAACCUGUUGCACCCUUCAUCAAUACCAACAACUCGCUGACUAUAUUGGCUGCAGCAGAACAGGGCUUCAAAAAAGAUACAACGAGCUUCUGAAAAUGUUACUUGAACGUGCGCGAUUGCUGUUUGGACGUUACGCAUCAAGCUCACGUUCUUCAAAUCCAAAUUCCAUUUCAUUGGAGGUCCUUGAAGAGAUUAUCAACGACGAUGACAACACAAGAAGAUACCUCAGCCGUAUACAAAAAGCCAAGGGGAUCAAUGAUGCGACCGCCCCUCCUUCGUUUAAAAAGAGCGAACAAGCGAGGAAAUAUCAAGACAAGCUCAUCCAAGCAGCACGUGGCCUUCAAUUGUAUGGAAAUACGAUUGAUCAUGACACCAUUAAACCAGAGAUCAGGUUGACUGCAAUCCUCCUUGAACAAGGUGUCCCCGAAGAUGAAAUACGAACAAUGAAGCCCAGUGAUCUGCCACUUCGCGCCUUGCAAAUUCUCAAGCCAAAACCAAGACAUGAUUUGAACGACAUCAAUUUGAGCGACAAGGAUCUGUCUGAACAAGAAAUGAAUGAAUACCUGGUAGAUGCUUUUAGAAAUCAGCCGUAG